AAACAAAAAAAAGGGCGAUCCGGAGAUGCUGGUGGAAUAUCAAUACCAUCAAAAUGGCCUUAUUUCACACUGAUGCUUUUCCUAAAAGACAAUAUGACCCAAAGAAAUUCUACAGGAAAUAUUCCUCCUCUCAAUAACCAAGAAAAUUCAUACGAUGAAAAUACUACGCCAGAUACAAUCUCUGAACCUGAUUAUGGUAGAAAUCAUAAUUCUGAAUUUAAUUCAGAUUCAGAAUUAAAUACUGACACUAUGCCUACGACACCCAAGGCUGCUAAAAUAGCUCAAGCAAAUAAGGAAACGGGUACAAAGAGUAAAAAAGCUAAAUCUUCAGUAUAUGAAAAAAUGAUAGCUAUAGAAGAAGAAAAACUGAAAGCAUAUAGAGAAAAGUGUAAGGAAAGAACAAAGGAAGAAGAUAGUCACUUUCAUUUCCUCAUGAGUCUGAUGCCGUACAUGAAGAAAAUACCCGAAGACCAAAAAUUGUCAGUACGAAUAAAAAUACAACAAUUUCUUUUGGACGCCCAGCCGCGUGCUCAGUCCGUCAGGACAAGAACUACUGCAGUGGACCAAGAAACCGAUCAAAGCAGGUAUCAAGUGGUACUGUCUUCAGCUUCAUCAGAAAACGAACUAGGAUGUUCAGAUGUGCGAAAAAUGUAA